CAGGCACUUUCCUGAUUUCAAUUUCCCUAUCUGUCGUAGUUUUUUUUCUCUCUCUCUCUCUCUCUGUAAAACCCUCUUCUCUCUCUCUCUCUCUACUUUGUGUCGGUGUUAGAUCUCACCCCCUUCACCCACCCCACCAGCUGCUAAAGGGUUCCUUUAGAUCCACAUAUUCGCGAAGACUCAUACACAGAAAGCUUGAUACUGUUUAUAAAUAAAUAGAGAAGAGGGGGGAUUUUUUGUUUGUUUGUUUUUUUUUUCUAAUUAUUAUUGGGGUUUUUUUGUGUAGGGGGUGUAUAUGGUUGGUUUUGUUGUUCUAUGAUUGUUGGUGAGGAAGGAGAAGAAGCGGGUCGUUAUAUGAAGGAUCGUUUCCUCUUUGUCUUUAACAACAAUACGAAGCAGACGAGGUGGGACUGCUCCUUAGCCAUCCGAAGCCGCGGUCGAUGGGGGAAAUGCGGCUGAAUUGUCUUUCGAGCAUUCCUUCAGAAACUCGCUAAGCCAAUUGAAUUUUUUUCGUUGAAUUUGUUCCGGUUAGGGGGUUGCCGUUGAGAUUGUUUCGGUGGGGGUUUUUGAAUUGCUUCGACGCAAUGCAGCCAGAUCACAGGAAGAAAAGUUCAGCAGAAAUGGACUUCUUUUCUGAAUAUGGUGAUGCAAGCAGAUAUAAAAUCCUGGAGGUCAUAGGUAAAGGUAGCUAUGGUGUUGUUUGCUCGGCUAUCGAUACUCAUACAGGUGAAAAAGUGGCAAUAAAGAAAAUACAUGACAUUUUUGAGCAUAUUUCUGAUGCUGCUCGAAUUCUUCGAGAGAUAAAGCUUCUGAGGCUUCUGCGACACCCUGAUAUUGUUGAAAUUAAACACAUUAUGCUUCCACCUUCAAGGAGAGAAUUCAAAGAUAUCUAUGUUGUUUUCGAGCUAAUGGAAUCAGAUCUACAUCAAGUCAUUAAGGCUAAUGAUGACUUGACACGGGAACAUUAUCAAUUUUUCCUAUACCAACUGCUUCGUGCCCUUAAAUAUAUCCACACAGCUAAUGUUUAUCAUCGAGAUUUAAAGCCAAAGAAUAUUCUGGCAAAUGCAAACUGUAAACUCAAAAUAUGCGAUUUUGGAUUGGCUAGGGUUGCGUUCAAUGACAUGCCUACAACGAUAUUUUGGACGGAUUACGUUGCUACAAGAUGGUAUAGAGCUCCAGAAUUGUGUGGCUCAUUUUUCUCAAAGUAUACUCCAGCAAUUGACAUAUGGAGUAUUGGCUGCAUUUUUGCUGAGGUUUUGACGGGGAAGCCACUUUUUCCUGGAAAGAAUGUUGUUCACCAACUUGAUUUGAUAACUGAUCUUCUUGGAACUCCAUCCAUGAAUACCAUUUCUCGGGUGCGGAAUGAAAAGGCUAGAAGAUAUCUUACAAGCAUGAGAAAGAAGCAACCUGUUCCUUUUGCACUGAAAUUUCCAAAUGCUGAUCCUUUGGCGCUUCGGCUCUUGGAGAGGCUCCUUGCUUUUGAUCCAAAGGACCGUCUGACUGCUGAAGAGGCGCUGGCUGAUCCGUAUUUCAAGGGAUUGGCCAAAGUGGAGAGAGAACCAUCCUGCCAACCAAUUUCGAAGAUGGAAUUUGAAUUUGAGAGGCGAAGAGUCACAAAGGAGGAUAUAAGAGAGCUAAUAUUCCGUGAGAUACUAGAGUACCAUCCUCAAUUACUGAAGGAUUACAUCAACGGAACUGAGAGAACUAAUUUUCUAUAUCCUAGUGCCAUUGAUCAGUUCAAAAAGCUGUUUGCUCAUUUGGAAGAAAAUGGUGGUAAAGAUGGAGUGAUUCCACUUGCAAGAAAGCAUGCUUCUCUUCCAAGGUCUACCAUUGUACAUGCCAAUGCUGUACCUUCAACAGAGCAGACAACUUUUGCAAAUGCAAGAGAUCGACAUAAUUAUGAAGAAUCAUGCAGUAGAAACUCGAGAGAUUUUGAUGGACCCCAUAAUAAUCUCUCGAGAACCUUGCAACAACCACAAAGGAUCCAGCAAGCUAAACCAGGCAAAGUUGUUGGUCCAGUUCUGGCCUAUGAGAACGGACAUGCCGUCAAAGAUUCAUAUGAUCCUAGAACUCUGUUCAGAAACACAGUCCCACAGGUUAUUCCCUCGCUCUAUAGUUACCAUAGAAACGGCACAGGAAAGAUGGAUAGGUCAGCAGGUGAGACCAGACGAGACUCAUCAUCCAACACAAAACAAAUACCAAACUGCGGCAUGGCUGCCAAAUUAGCCCCUGAUAUAGCAAUAAACAUCGAUAGCAAUCAGUUUUACAUGACUCGUGCUGCAACGACAAAGUUGGACCAUGUCGAUGACAGAGUCACGAUCGAUACGAAUCUGCUACAAGCAAAAGCUCAAUACGGUGGGCUCGGAGUUGGUGCAGCGGCUGCCACGAAUGUGGUUGCCCACCGGAAGGUAGCUACUAUCCAGUAUGGUAUGGCAAGGAUGUAUUAAUUGAGGGUCUAGACAAACAAAAGCGAGUGGACUGAUUAGUUAAAUGAUAAGCAGGAAGUUGCAUAGAGUUUUUCUCCUUUGAGGGGAGGGUUCAUACAUUGUAACUAUAGGUGGGUGUACAGGGGAAAUGUUGGGGGCACAGUUCCAUCUUCAGAGAGCCCUUAGGCCUCUUUUGUUGAUGGAGUCCUGUGAAUACUUUUUUCUCAUGGGAAAUAAUAAAUAAGGUGCAAGUACAGUUUUACAGAUUGAGAUGUCAAUGUUUGUGGCCAACCGCCUUUCCUAUG